ACUCACAAGAUAUUCCAAACUUCUAGUUAAUAUCAAGACAGAAUGAGGUCCAAACGUGUCGCAGUAGAAUUCCUGGCUGCCUUUCUUUUAAAUUUUCUUCUUACAAUCAGUGGCCAAGAUUCGAUUUACUAUCCGUUAGAUAGCGAGAAGUCAGUGGGCGAAAAGUGCAUAAGAAGUGAUGGAUUAAGUGGAAUUUGUGAAAAUAUCGAAAAUUGCCCCCAGAAAAAUGUGCCUCUACAGAAUUUGGACUUUUGCUCUUUUUCUGGUCAAACACUAAUCUACUGCUGCCCACAAGUGCUGGAGAAAAUUGAAAAAUCAAAGACCUCCUUGAGGUUGGUGGAGGAAAUUUGCGAAAAAUACUACCCGAGAGGUACAUUCCAAAUUUUGGUCGUUGGGGGAAAACGAUCUUUACCUCAACAGCAUCCGCAUAUGGCUGCUAUUGGCUGGAGUUCAGAAGACGGAAUUGAUUGGAGAUGCGGGGGAAGUGUGAUCACAAACAAAUUUAUUAUAACUGCUGCUCACUGUACUAGUUCCCGAGGAGUCCAACCUGAUAUCAUCCGAACUGGAGACUUAAAUCUCCUCGAAACGGAGAACGACACGUAUCCAGUUGAUUUCAAGAUAAAUGGUAUAUUCGUACAUCCUCAGUACUCAGCGUCGUUGGUUUACCAUGAUAUUGCACUUUUAAAAAUUUCGCCAGAAUUCGAAAUUACAUCAACAACAAAACCAGCCUGUCUUUGGGCUACGGAGGAUAUUCCAGAGGAAGAAAUGACAGCUUUGGGCUACGGAACGCUCGAAUACAGUGGACCUCAAGCUAACACUCUAUACGAAGCAACGAUCCCAGUUCUAGCAAAUGAAAUGUGUAGUUUGAAGGUCCCAAGUAAUGAGCGUCUUCCAAACGGGAUAAAAGACGGACAAAUGUGCGCUCUUGAUCCAAAUGGGCAAAAAGAUACUUGUCAGGGAGACUCUGGAGGACCGUUGCAAUUUAAACACUAUAUUGGGACAGUAAGCAUGCCGGCUAUAGUAGGAAUCACAUCAUUUGGGCAAUACUGUGCUGGACCUAGCCCCGGAGUGUACACAAGAGUUUCAGCUUAUUUAGAUUGGAUUGAAUCUGUACUAAAAACUGACCAAUGAUAUGCUCUAUUUUCAAUAAAGUCACUGGGCUUCACGGUUUC